ACUGACUAUUGGUGAAUUUUUCCUCCAAGCCAGUGACCAUGAUGAAGGAGGUUGGAAUAUAUGAACAGAUUAGUGGGAACACACCUACUUUAUGACAAGGAUCAGCUGAUAUUGACACUACUUAUAUUGUUAAACAUUGCGAGCAAUUAAUUGCUGUAUACGUAUUACAUUAUGUAUACAUUCCCUUGAUCAUGGAUAUGUUACAAUCAUGAAAGAACCCUAGCUGAUGUUUAUUGGUAAUCUCUAAUCAACAAUUAGACAUUUUGGUGUGAGGGAUCGAAGCCAAGAACAAUUGCCACAUUCAUGGUCACCGGCAUUGGACAUAUAAAAUAUUACUAAAUGUAUAUUACGCGGCAAUGAAAUAGAUUGGAUCAAACGACGAAUGUUAGGAAACAUCGGACCUUUGACUUUGUGUUUUUAUUGCUUUUUCGGUAAAUAGAUAGUAUCCCAGGAGACCAAGGAUCAGAUACUAAUACCGCUUACCGUAUAUAUAUGCGAAUAUAAUACGAAUGAACGAGGUGAUGUUAGAGUAACAAAGUGACAGUCGAUCGGUAAACUGAUGCAGCCCGAAGAAGUUUUGGAGAUGUGCAAAGGUUUUUGGCAGGCGAAAUAGAAGCACAACCAAGUUUCACAAUCAACAAAUACCUGCCAUAAUGUCAGAAGAUUAUAACAACAAAGUUCUUAAGUUUUUAUUUCGGUACAUUAUGGGAGAUCUCCCUGCAUUAACCGACUGGUUAAAAACUAAACCAUGGGUCCUGGCAGUACCAAGUUGGAUCCUACGUGCCAUAGGAGCACCGAUCUUUCUCAACAACCCCAUCAGUGGUCUUUUGAUAUUGAUUGGUAUGUUCAUCGCAAAUCCUUGGGUGGCAAUAUGUGGUAUAACGGGGCUUAUAUCAGCCAUCGCGACUGCCUUUCUCCUUGGCCAGGACCACGGAGCUAUUUCAAACGGUGGAUGUACGUUCCAUGGAAUGCUUGUAGGGAUCGUAGUUUCAGCGUCGAUUGAUAAGCCAGACUGGUACCCCUGGACUGUGUUUCCCGUGGUUUUCCUCGCCAUGCUCAGCGUUUAUGUGAAUAGUGGUUUAGGGGGAAUAUUUUCUUCGUGGAACAUCCCCGCCUUCAACCUCCCGUUCUGUUUGGUAGCGUUCGUGUUUCUCGCCGCCCUCCCACCGAACAAUCCAAACUUUCCCCCACGGAUAAAAGCAGCUCCGAAUGAGACAUUUGCUCAAGCCAGUAUAGACUGGGGCCAGAUUUUCCUUGCGAUACCGUGUAGCUGUGCCCAGAUCUAUGGAUCAAAUCAAGCGAUAGUGGGGGUGUUGAUAUUAUUAGGCCUACUUAUAGGAUCCCCAAUCCUCUUUCUACAUGCAAUAUUGGGACCAUUUAUGAGCGUAUUUACAGCUUUAUGUGUGGCUGCCCCUCCAGAGCAAAUCUACACUGGUGAAUGGAGUUACAACGCUAUGCUGGCAGCGACAUCUCUCGGAGGUUUCUUCUGGGUUCUUUCAAUACAAACUCAUAUUCUUGCCCUAUCAGCAGCCAUAUUUUCUACCAUCGUUUAUGGAGCCAUGUUUAACACAUUCUCAAACAAUAAUAUUGGUGGGCUUGUGUUAGCGUUUCCGUUCGUGCUGACUGCCAGUAUAUUCUUGGCGUUCACCAGUGAGAGUAAAGCGAUUAAGAGAGUUCCCCUAGAUAGAAUUUCUUAUCCAGAAAUGCAUUGGAAAUUAUUCAACAAUAAGCAGACAAUUACUCCAGAUGGUUCCGGGACUUUGACGCAAUAAGUUGUUGUCUAAAGUUCAAUGACAAUACCAACUCUAAAAAUUCCUGAUAUAUUUACAUGUGAGUUUAGCUACAAGCCUUUGUGACCCCUUCUACUUGACUACACACUUUCUCGCACAAAUGUUGGGAUGAGUAGGGGGGGGGGGGGGGUUAAGGACUUGUAGCUAGACUAGAAAUAAAUCAAACGCGUGCAAUGUGCAUUCAGUUAUAUGAAUCACCAACUAAUAAUUCUAAAGAAGGAUCUAAGACGUGUUUUAUGAGUAAACAUUUAUCAUGCAACACUGUAAGACAGGUUGACGCACCUUCGUUCAAAGAUAGAUACAUUAUGUAAUGUAUUUGAAUUUGUCGUCAAAUUAUUGUAUGUAAAAUAGAUAUGCAAAAUACUGGA